AUGCGGCCCACGCAGGCGCUCCUCAAGCGCUACCGCAAGCUACCGCUGACGACCAAGGACAUCAACAAGGGCUUCUACAAGGGCACGCGGACGGGCUCGAUGGGUAGUCAUACCAAGUACGGCGGCUACGUGAUCGACUGGGCCAAGGUGCGCACGUAUGUCGUGCCGGCCGGGCUGGACGAGUUCAAGUUGACCCCCUUCGUCACGAAGCGAAUGCCCGCAACAAGAGGCCGCUACGAGGGCUACGCCCUGGGCCCCAAGAGCCCCGAGCUGUACCUGGACAGGUGGAAGGCCGAGAACGGACUGGACUGA